AUGGGGCAGGCAACACCACCCACCGCGCCGCUCACCGUGCCGUCUGGGCUCCCUUCGCCAGGCGGCUACUACCCCGUGAAGAUCGGCGACCUGUUCAAUGGGCGGUACCACGUGGUGCGCAAGCUGGGCUGGGGCCACUUCUCCACCGUCUGGCUCUGCUGGGACAUCCAGCGCAAGCGCUUCGUGGCCCUGAAAGUGGUGAAGAGCGCGGGGCAUUACACGGAGACCGCCGUGGAUGAGAUCAAGCUCCUGAAAUGUGUCCGAGACAGUGACCCCAGUGACCCCAAGAGAGAGACCAUUGUCCAGCUCAUCGACGACUUCAGGAUCUCAGGGGUGAAUGGAGUCCAUGUGUGCAUGGUGCUGGAGGUCCUGGGCCACCAGCUCCUCAAGUGGAUCAUCAAGUCCAACUACCAGGGCCUGCCCGUGCCCUGCGUGAAGAGCAUUGUGAGGCAGGUGCUGCACGGCCUGGACUACCUCCACACCAAGUGCAAGAUCAUCCACACAGACAUCAAGCCUGAGAACAUCCUGCUGUGUGUGGGUGACGCCUACAUCAGGCGCCUGGCCACCGAGGCCACAGAGUGGCAGCAGUCAGGGGCACCACCCCCAUCCCGCUCCACAGUCAGCACUGCCCCCCAGGAGGUCUUGACCGGUAAGCUGUCGAAAAACAAGAGGAAGAAGAUGCGGCGCAAACGGAAGCAACAGAAGCGGCUGCUGGAGGAGCGGCUGCGGGACCUGCAGAGGCUGGAGGCCAUGGAGGCGGCGGCCCAGGCUGAGGACGCUGGCUCGAGGCUAGAGGGGGGCAGCGGCUCCACCUCCUCUUCCGGCUGCCACCCUGGGGGGGCCAGGGCCGGCCCCUCCCCCGCCUCCUCCUCCCCGGCGGCCGCGGGCGAGCGCAGCCUCAGCCCAGGCUCCCAGACCUCAGGCUUCUCGGGCUCCCUCUUCUCUCCGGCCUCAUGCUCCAUCCUCUCAGGCUCCUCCAACCAGCGGGAGACCGGGGGCCUCCUGUCCCCCAGCACACCGUUUGGUGCCUCGAACCUCCUGGUGAACCCCCUGGAGCCCCAAAAUGCAGACAAGAUCAAGAUCAAGAUCGCAGACCUGGGCAACGCCUGCUGGGUGCACAAGCACUUCACCGAGGACAUCCAGACUCGCCAGUACCGGGCCGUGGAAGUGCUGAUCGGAGCGGAGUACGGGCCCCCGGCCGACAUCUGGAGCACAGCGUGCAUGGCCUUCGAGCUGGCCACCGGCGACUACCUAUUCGAGCCUCACUCUGGAGAAGACUACAGUCGCGACGAGGACCACAUCGCCCACAUUGUGGAGCUUCUGGGAGACAUCCCCCCAGCCUUCGCCCUCUCAGGCCGCUAUUCCCGAGAGUUCUUCAACCGGAGAGGAGAGCUGCGGCACAUCCACAACCUCAAGCACUGGGGCCUGUACGAGGUGCUCAUGGAGAAGUACGAGUGGCCCCUGGAGCAGGCCACGCAGUUCAGCGCCUUCCUGCUGCCCAUGAUGGAAUACAUCCCGGAAAAGCGGGCCAGCGCGGCCGACUGCCUCCAGCACCCUUGGCUCAACCCCUAGGCCCCACGGGCACUUUGUGCAGCUUGAGGCCAGCCUGGCUCACCCUCAAGCCCCUCCCAGUGCCUUCAGGGAAAGGGGGACGCCUCCUGCCACCCGGCACGAGCUGCCCUCCUCCCCCCUACUGGGUGCCAGCUUCCUCACAGCCCGUGGCAGGGCAGAGAGAUGCUGGAGCCAGGCCCACCGUUUAGAAUUCGUUCUGCCCCCAACCCUCACAACAUGCCCUGAGUGGGAAGUGUGCGUAUUUCUUUUCUUAAUAAAGUGUGAACUGAAACGUU